CGCCAUGGGGCUGUGGCUGUUUUGGCUCUGGGUCCCCCUGGGGCUGGCGGAGGAGGAGACGCUGCUGGACACGCGGCUGGAGACGAGCGAGCUGCGCUGGACCGUGCACCCGCCGGGGGAGGGGCAGUGGGAGGAGCUGAGCGCGCUGGACGCCGAGCUGGGCGGGGCCGUUCGCACCUUCGAGGUCUGCUCGGGGCGGGGCGGGGCCGGCCCCGCCCACAACGACCGGAGCCCCGCCCACAACAGCUUUAGCCCCUCCCAUCACAGCUUUAGCCCCUACCACAACAGCUUUAGCCCCGCCCACAAUGACCGGAGCCCCGCCCAGAACAGCCUUAGCCCCGCCCACGAUGGCCGUGGCCCCACCCAGAACAGCCUUAGCCCCGCCCCUGAGGGGCGUGGCCCCGCCCAGAACAGCUGGCUGCGCUCGCGCUGGGUGCCGCGCGGCGACGCCACCACGGUGCUGGCAGAGCUGCGCUUCACCGUGAUGGCCCCUCGAUCUCCAUGGAAACACCCUGAAACCCUUGAUCUCCAUGGAAACCACCCCGAACCCCCCGACCUCCACGACAGCGACGCCCCUCCCCAGCUGUUCCACCCGCGGGGCCCCGCCCGGCGCCGCCGCGCCGCGCCGCGCGCCUGCAAGGAAACCUUCUCGGUGUUCUACCACGAGUCGGACGCCGACACGGCCACGGCCACCUCGCCGCCCUGGAUGGAGAACCCCUACGUCAAGGUGGACACCGUGGCCGCCGAGCACCUGGCGCGCUGGCCGGGGAGCGGCGGCGCCGGGCCGCGGGGCCGCGUCAACCGCAAGGUGCUGCGGCUGGGCCCGCUGAGCCGCGCCGGCUUCUACCUGGCCUUCCAGGACCUGGGCGCCUGCAUGGCGUUGCUCUCCGUGCGCCUCUUCUUCCGCCGCUGCCCGGCCGCCACCGCGCGCCUGGCGCGCUUCCCGGCCACCGUGCCCGCCGAGCUGGUGGCGCCCGUGGCCGGGGCCUGCGUGCCGGGCGCCGUGCCGGCGGGCGAGGGCCGGCCGCUGAUGUACUGCCGCGAGGACGGGCGCUGGGCCGAGCCGCCCGCGCUGGGCUGCGUCUGCGGGGUCGGCAUGGAGCCCAGUGAAGAAACGGGGUGCCGGCCCUGCCCCCCCGAGACGUUCAAGGCGGAGGCGGGGGGGGGGUCGCUGCCGGCCCUGCCCCCCCCAGAGCGAAGCCCCCUCCCCCGGCGCCGCCGCCUGCCCCUGCCGGGCCGGCUUCUUCCGCGCCCCCGGAGAGGGACCCCCGGACCGCUGCUCCGCGCCCCCCUCGGCCCCCCGCGCGCUGGCGGCGCAGGUGAACGGCUCGGGGGUCCGCCUGUCCUGGAGCCCCCCCCGGGCGGGGGGCGAGCGCCCGGACCUGCGCUACCACGUGGGGUGCCGGGCGUGCCCCCCGCCCCGGGGCGCGCCCCCCGCCUGCGGGCCCUGCGCCGGCCUGGCCUGGACGCCCCCUCCCCAGGGGCUGCGGACCCCCGCGGUCAGCGCGGCCGGGCUGCGCCCCGCCUCACCUACAGCUUCCGCGUCAGCGCCCGCAGCGGGGUCACCCCCCCCGGGACCCCCGAGCCCCCCGCGGCCGAGAUCAACGUCACGGCGGGGGCCGACGGACGGUGCCGCGGCCGCGGGCGGAGCUGGGGGGGCUGCGCCGGGGGGGGCUCUACGGGGUGCGGGUGCGGGCGCGCUCGCCGGGGGGCUACGGCGACUUCGGGCCCGAGACCACCGUCAGCAUCCCGGGAGCUGAGGGGUCCCGGGGGGGUCCCGGGGGGGCCGUGGCCGGAGCCGCUGCCCUGGGGGGGCUCCUGGUGCUGGCGCUGCUGGGGGGGGCCCUGCUCGGCCUCAGGCGCUGGCGGCUCCGGGCGGAGAAACGGCAACGAGACCCCGGGGGGCGCGGCGGCGCGUUCUACAUCGACCCCCCUGACCUACGAGGAGCCCGAGGUGGCGCUGAGGGACCUGGCGCAGGAGAUCGACGUCACCUGUGUCACCAUCUGCGAGGUCAUCGGGGCAGGCGAGUUCGGCGAGGUGUGGCGCGGGCGGCUGGCGCUGCCGGGCCAGCCCGAGGCCGAGGUGGCCGUCAAGACGCUCAAGGGCGGCGCGGGCGAGCGGCAGCGGCGCGAGUUCCUGCGCGAGGCCGCGCGCAUGGCGCAGUUCCUGCACCCCAACGUGCUGCGGCUGCGCGGCGUCGUCAGCGCCGGCUCGCCCGCCAUGAUCGUCACCGAGUUCCUGGAGCACGGGGCCUUGGACGCCUUCCUCAGGGGCCGGGAGGGGACGCUGUCCCCGCUGCAGCUGGUGGCCAUGCUGCGCGGCAUCGCCGCCGGCAUGCGCUACCUGGCCGAGGCCGGCUUCGUGCACCGCGACCUGGCCGCGCGCAACAUCCUGGUGGACGCGCACCUCGUCUGCAAGGUGUCCGACUUCGGGCUGUCGCGGGCGCUGGACGGGGACAGGGACAACGACCCCACCUACACCAGCUCCCUGGGCGGGAAGAUCCCGAUCCGCUGGACGGCGCCCGAGGCCAUCGCCUUCCGCACCUUCACCUCGGCCAGCGACGCCUGGAGCUACGGCAUCGUCAUGUGGGAGGUGCUGAGCUUCGGCGAGCGGCCCUACUGGGACAUGUCCAACCAGGACGUGAUCGACGCGAUCGAGCAGGAGUACCGGCUGCCGGCGCCGCCGCGCUGCCCGGCACCGCUGCACGCGCUGAUGCUGCAGUGCUGGCAGCGCGAGCGCAGCGCCCGGCCCAGCUUCCCGCAGCUGCUGCGCGCCCUCGACCGCCUGAUGCGGCACCCCGAGCGCCUGCGCGCCCCGCCCGGGUCAGCGGGGGCUGGGGAGGGGGCUGGGGGGGCUUGGGGAGGGGCCCCUCCCCCCCCCUGCCUGGAGCCCACCCCCCCCGAGCCCGCCCCCCCCGGGGGUCUCGGGGGGUACCAGGAGCCCCUCGGGGUCGCCGGGGUCAGCGGGGUCAGCGGGGUCAGCGGGGUUGCCGGGCUGGAGCUGCUGCCGCGGCUGUGCCGAGAGGACCUGCUGCGCAUGGGGGGUGACGCUGCCCGGGCGGCAGAGCCCCCCCAAAGGGGACCCCCGGUGCUGACCACGCCCCCGGCCCCGCCCCCGUGGGCGGGGCCUGCACUGGGCGAUCUCGGGGCGGAGCCCGAGUGGGCGUGGCCACCAGUGGGAGUGGUCAAAGCCGAGUGGGCGUGGCCAACACGGGUGUUGUCAUUGAUGGGCGUGGUCAUAGUGGGCGUGGUCACCGCCAAUAAACGCAGCCGAUGCAAAUGA